AGAGGGGCUGUACCUUCCGCGCCGCAGCGACAGGGGAUCUUUCCUCCUCCUCCUCUUGUGGAGUUUUGUACUCGCCUUAGAGCAGAAAUUGUUCGCCGUUCCCUGCAAUGGAGCCGGCGGGAGCAGCUCUCACUGGGCCGGCAGCCGCAGGAACCUCGACGCUCUUUUUGGCGGGGAACGAGCAGCAGUAUUUCUCCGAGCUCUUCUCGCUUUGCGGCGGCCAGCCUACUCCAGAGGCGGGACCUGGAUUGGCCCCCCCUGCUGUCGGGGGGAGUAAAGUGGCAGAGUUGUUCAGAGCGUCGCAGCUCCCCGCGGAGAUGCUCCAUCAGAUUACAGACUUGUGUGGUGCUAAACGUGUUGGUUAUUUUGGUCGUACUCAGUUUUAUGCUGCUCUGAAGCUUAUAGCUGCUGCACAGUCUGGUCUCCCAGUACGAAUAGAAAGUAUUCAGAAUGAAUUACCUUUACCUCGAUUUAGUGCUCUGAAAAGUGAUAGUGAAAUAAGGUACAGUAAUCUACCAGAAGCACAUGGAGCUAAGUUUCAGAGUCCACAUGCAACAUUUGAAAGAAAUUGCUUCAGAAGAUCAGAUGAAGAAGAAAAACAGGAAGAAGCAAAGUCUCCCCCCAUGUCUCCCACUGGUUCUCAUCCUGCUUCUCCCUCAAAUUACCAGAGAAUUCCUUUGGGUUAUGGAUAUAGUAUAUUGAGAAGCGGACUUGAACAGCAGCAUGGAGGUUCCUAUGAAGCUAGGCAUUCUGUUCAAGAUGGAUUGACUUCAGGGAGUUAUGGGUCCAAGUCAGCGCCAACCCGUUCAUCUCUUGUUCAGUCUCUCUCAAUAGAAAGAGAACCGCAGGACAGCAGUAGUAAUUAUCCAGAUGACCUCUGGAGGGUAACUGAGGAGCAACGAGAAUAUUACAUCAAUCAGUUCAAGUCUUUACAGCCUGAUCUCAACUCUUUCAUUUCAGGUUCUGUAGCUAAGAAUUUCUUCACAAAAUCUAAACUGCCCAUCCCUGAGCUUUCACACAUAUGGGAACUUAGUGAUGUUGACAGUGAUGGAGCAUUGACUUUAGCAGAGUUCUGUGCUGCCUUUCACCUUGUUGUUGCUCGGAAGAAUGGCUACCUGUUGCCAGACAGCUUGCCAGAGACGCUCUUGCCUGACUAUCUUCAUGCAGCUUCCCUUAAACCUAAAAGUGAUCAUGUACUGAAUUCUUAUUCAGAGUCAUUGUCAGUAAAUCAACAGACAAGAGACUUCAGUAGGACUGAGCUUGAAACUGUAUGCGAAGAUCCAAAUAACUCAGAGCCACUGAUUCUGUUUGAGGCAACUUCUGUUGAACCAACUUCACUUGAUGAGAAGCCUGGUAAAGCUGCACUGAUUCAGGAUACAGUCACUGAUGAUAAACAAGGUAUGAAAGUGAGUGCUUCUAUCCAAGCAGUGCCAAAGGAUUUUAAAGGAUCUCAACAUUUCCCUUUCAAAACAGUUGCUCAAGAAUCAAACACACUCAAAACGAGACCAAGGUCCAGGUCUUAUUCUAGCACAUCUUUUGAAGAUACAAUGAACAAAGGGGGGGAACCACCAGCUCCUCCACCAAGACCUCAAAAAUCACAUUCCAGAGCUUCCUCCUUAGACUUAAAUAAAAUUUUCCAGCAAAACACACAAGUUAGAUCAGGCUGGAUUCCACCACCACCUGCUCUACCUCCCAGGCCCUUUGUAUCACAGAUUUCUCUUCCUGAGCCAAGCACUCAACCCAAAUCAAGCUAUAUGAACUUCAGUCUUCAGGAACAGGUAGAACAAGACUCUGAAAUAGACUCACAUUUGCCUGUGAACAUGUCCCCAUCACAAGAAAGCAGCCCAGCAAAAAAGGACCUUGUACUUACUCAGCUACCAUCAAAGCCAAUUCACAGGAAAUUCCGACCUGAAAGCCACUUGCUGGAGAACCAGGAACUUUCUCCAACGAAAAGCGCAGCCACCUCUUCCUUGCCUACCAUCAAAUCUCACCAUGCACUUCCAAAACAGUCUUCAAAACAGAAGAAAGCUAUUCAGACUGCUAUCCGUAAAAACAAAGAAGCCAAUGCAGUGCUAGUUCGACUGAACAGUGAACUUCAGCAACAACUGAAGGAAGUUCACAAGGAACGAAUUGCAUUGGAAACUCAGUUGGAGCAACACCGACCUGUAACUGUCUUAUGACAUUUUUUACACACAGUUUGUUCUAUGAAACAUGACACUUUGUAUAAUAUGUUGGUAUUUUUUUUUCUAAUAAGGCAGCUUCAUCUGAAAAAAAUAGUUGCCAGAUUCUUCACCAUUUCUUGUACCAGAUACCUUACUGGCAAGAAGAUGCACACCAUCCUAAUGUCAACCAUUAUACAUAGACCAUUUCCCCACUGAUCCAUCAGCAAUAUCUUAUUCGAAUUCCAUCCUUGUUUUAUUUCCAAAGGGCAGGGAGGGGACAUUUAAAGUGUGUGUGUGUGUGUGUGUGUGUGUGUGUCUCCAAGAAAUUAGUUUAUAUUUAGCUUCAUGCUAUCUUAUGUUUUUUAGCUACUAUUUUCAUAUGCUUUCCAUGAGCAUUUACGGAACAUUGAACCUAUCAUGUACAAUAUCUUCCUGGUCCCCCCUCCCCCCUCUCCCGUUUUAUGAAUACUGAUCACCUUUGGUAGGAAGCACAAAUCUUGCUGAAUUGAUACAAUAUAUCCACAUUCCUCUCUUUAUAACUUACCACUGCAUAUUAAUUUCUUGUGUGUUUCCUGAAGCUGACAUGCUGCCACUGUUGCCAUAAUUCUUCUGCAGUCUUGAGGGAAGCAAUGUAGAAUGGCCUGCCACAGUUUAAUCUAGUUCAUGGCAUCUUGAUGGAUGGGGUAUUAUCCCAGACCAUGAGGUGGCUAGACCAUAUGACUACCUGUAAACUGUUCCUACAAGUCAUGUGUUUUUUCAUGCUGCUGCAGCUGCUGCUUGAAGGCCACAUACCUUGAAGUGGCCAAAUGCAAGAAAUGUGUCAUAGCAGGUCACUUAUUCACAACUGUGUGCUAUGAAACUACUAGGCAUUCUUGUUCAUUGGUUGGUUAUGUUAGCCCAAUAGACUUGGUAGUUGUUCAUUACAUCAGUUCCAGUUAUAAAUUUUUCAUUUUGCUACUUAAAUUUCAUCAAAUCAUUUACAAAAAAAGCAACACUGAAAGAUUUGUUCUGUUGCUUACAACAAAUAUUAACAUAUUAGCAGCAGACCAGUAGUCAUUAUUUAUAGGUUAACACAAAUCUCAUUUAAAACAGUAGCUUUGUAUAUAGAAUUGUUCCUGUUUAACUGUUGAAGUUAUCACCAGAGUCCACAAGUCAUUUCCCCUCCAUUUGUGAUUAAUGUCUCAUUUUAUUAAUAUCUUGGUCUGUUGUUACCUAUCAAUUCAUUUAGCAUGCUGAAUCCCGAAAAAUUCCCUUGAACCCAAUAGAAACAUGGUACAAGGGUGUAAGAAUGCACCACAUUGUCUGGCUUGCAUUGAAAUAUAUAGUACUCCUUGAUUAUUUUCAUACUGGCAUUACCAUGACCACAAGGAAAGUGAUCCUUUAGGGAAAGGGGCAGCUAGUAAAGCAUUUUAUCAUUGAUAAAAAUUUUCAUUUUUCUUGAAAAUCAUUGCUCAUUACGGAAAAUAUCCUCAUGAUUUAGAUUACUUGUAAAGGAGAUUAAUCAAUUCACAAGAAUAGGUAUAUAACUAAUACUGACCAUGCUACCUCAUUAGAACUUUAGUGUUCAGGACAGUAGGCUACAGUACAUCAGCUCCUGGGUUAAGAAGGACAACAGGAUAAGGUUGUCUUUACUCACAAAAAGCAGCUAGCUGGCUACUGUUAAAACUUCAUAUGGGAUUAUAUGGUCUGUGGAUCUGAAACAGCAGGGUUCAUUUUAUAGCCCAUAUUAUUCAUUUUUAAAGUCCAAGUCUUAUUAGCUUGUAAAGCCAGAGUACAAUCCAGCAUCACAAAAUCCUGCCUAUUUCCAUUAAACUAACCAGGAUAUGCUUUCUCUUGUUUUCACAAAAAGAAAAUCUUAAUUGUGUUCUUGGCCCUAAUCACAUCUGUAACACAUGAUUUUAUUUAAUCCCUGCAUCACAAGACAAGAAGACUCCUGUAUAAAAAGCAAUGCUGUCAAGUGGUGGUCACAGAAAUAUACUGCAUAGACAUCUGACUUUAAUAAGAAGCCUUUCCUAUGAACACAAAGUACACUUGGUUUAAAAUUAAGUUUACACUUAAAAACUCAGGUUAAGUUAACAGAUCCUCCAGCUGAGUUUUAGAUUGCAAAACUUGUUCAUAAUUUUAUUUUGAUAAUCAAUUAAUAUACUCACACUAACCAUAUAAAGAACAUUCCUAGGAGCUCAGUAUAUAAAUCUUAAACAAUGAGUAAUUUUAUGUAAACUUUUACAUAAGACUACAAUACAAACCUCACCAGUUUAAAUAUACUUCAAGCGGACAUGAAACAUAAUGUCUUGAUUGGUAUUUAUACAAUGUUUUCUGAAAUAGGAAUCUGAAAGUCUUAUGUAUAAUAUAGAGCUGUUUAAUCAUUUCAAGGUACGUUUUCAACUUUUAGCUAAACUUCAUGAGUGCAAAAAUACUUAAUUAACUAGACAAGUAUACAUGUUCUCUUUUUUUGGAAACAAGAAUAAUUAUUGCCUAUAACAAUAAAUUUAGAAAUUCCCUCUGAACAAUUGAUAGUAGUAUCCCUUUAAGUAUCAGUAGUCUUCUGCUAGUAUAUUGCAAUUAUUUAGUCAGAUGUAUACUCCAUGGGAGUGUGGUUUAGAGCACCUCACUUCUCCAUCGAUUCUCAACAGCUUCUUGCCAGUGUUGCAACAGGAAACUUUCCUAUCAUUGCUGCACCAACAGAAGUGAAGAGGUAGAAUAGACCAUAUUCAAAAAUGACAUGUACAUACAAGAUUCAGAAACAGUCACCUCCUUCCUGUAAGGUGCAUAAAACAAGGGUCAGGAAUAAUGCCAGUUCUGAAGUCGGCAUAGUUAAAUGUCUUCUAGAAUAAGCUGCUAUAUAAAUACUUAAGCUGCUUAUAUAAUAGAAAAUUUUCAUUAGUGGUCUCAUUUUAAGUAAAAAAAAAAAAACUAGGCUCCAAUGACUUUACACUAUGAGCAUGAUCAACCUUGUGGUUUUGGAACAUGAACUGUAGUGUUCUAAUAUGUGUGUGUUUAAAAUAAUGUUUAGAAUCCCAACUACAGGGGUGUGCACCUUGUGUCAGCUUUAUUUGUUGUGUCAAGGGCCACAUUCCGAAAGUGGGUAGGAACAAGGCUCGUUUGGGCCAUUUCUGUAAGUUGGGCAAUUUCAUUAAGGUGUGAAAUGGAUGGCCACAAGCCUUUAAGGGACCAAUUUUAGCUCUUAAAACCCUGAAUUGCAAAAAAGAAAAAGGCUAAUUUUGGGGACCAACAAUUGGAGGAUGUGCAUGGGUGUCAGUUUUUGCAUUGCAGCUCCAGUAGAAAAUAAAACAUAAAGGUUCUAAGUAACUGGAAUGGGAAGGAUAGGUGUUAUUUUGUUUUCGUUUUUGGAGUGGGGAGAGUUCUACCUUAACUAAGCAGGCAAACAUGUUCUGAAUCCAUAACUGCUUUUGGCAAUGGAAGGAAAAGAAAUGAAUUACACUUGAACUAAUAGGUUUGUUUGUUUGUUUUUUUAACGUUGUUACGUAUUUUCCCUUCACAGUGUAAAUACUAUUUAUGUUAGAAUGGUCUGUGGUCAAUUUUGAUUUCUUAUAGACUAUGUAUUGAAUUUAAUUCUGAUGAAGAUUUUAUGGAAAAUACUUUGGAAAAGAAAUUCUUGCAUUUUGAAUAGCCUUAGAAUAGGAGUAACACUGCCAAAUCUUGAGUGUUUAGCACAGGCACACAUCUACUUUGAAAUAAAUAUUUUGGUUGCUAGCUCUAUUUAGGAAAGACUGGUAAAUAAUUUGUGUACUCUAUGAAAUAAGAGAAUCUAUUUUGCUAGAGCAUGAUUAUUGCAAGUGAUUAACAUUAUAAAAAUAUGUUUUACUUGCUAUUUGAUGAUACUGUGUUAAUAAAAUUAUGUACUAUGA